AUGAGAAACCUUGAACAAAUCGCUGCUGGAAACUCUCCCGGAUUUAGCAACGAAGCUGAUGGAUUGUUAAAAAAGAAGCAAGUCAACCUGUGGGAUUUCACAUAUCUUCUAAAAACCUGGAGAUACUCGCCAAUUGAAGAUUCAUAUGAACAAGACAAUAGCGAGAAAGCACUCGCGCUCGACUUGAAACGAAAGAAUGUUGCGAUUUGGAGAUGGCGUCUUAUUUCAGCCGUGCUGGCUGCAUCGCUGGUAAUCACCUGGUUGGUUCUCCCUCUUGCGAAGCAAAAAUCACGGUACCCUCAACCCGAUGAAGGCACAGAAAAUGUGUUGAAGUGGAUGAAACAGGCAGAAGUUGCUGAAGGACACUACUGGUGUGGCCCGUCAACUGCUGAGGCGAAAAAAAGAGGCUGCACUUUUGACAAGCUGCAUAAUAGAUGGAUGUCACCACACUGCGAAACCGACUUUGAGCCGUCUAAAAGCGCUGUUUUGAAGGCUCUGGAUGGUGACUUACCAGAGUUUGUUUUCUAUAGGGAUGACGACGGCAAGCCUGGGACGAGGAUGACUGAUGACGAACUGAAUUAUCUCGAUAUCCUUACGCCAGCGUGGACAACGGUUGGACACCACAUGGUACACUGCAUGUACAUGUUGCUUCAAGCAGCUGCUGCAUUGAAUCUCGGGACGAAAGCAGAUAUGGUUGUGCACGCCUUUGAACACGCAGGGCAUUGUGCUUCUGUGAUUUUGAACGUGACAAAGACAGCGCCUGGGUGGCACGAUGUUUCUAGUUUUGGGCAUACUCAGUCUGGCGUAUGUUGGUAG